UCACUCUCACCACAACCCUGUGAGAUGGGGCCAACGCUGUCCCUGGCUGGUGAGACUGAGGCUCAGGGAGGGUAGACACCUUGCCCAAGGUCACCCCGGUUUGGGAUUUGAACCAGGCCCUCUGUGACUCCAGAGACCAAACUCCUAGCCACUACCCUGUACGAGCUCCUGUUCCAUCUUCCGUGCCUGGCUGACCAUGUGCUGGGCAGUAGGCAUCCAGAAAGGAGCCUUGCUUGCUACUGCAAACCUCUAACAUGCCAAGCUCCCACCAUGUACCAGGGCCACACUCUGGCUCUCUGGGUCACCUCCGUCAGGCGCACACCCAGCACCGGCAGCGACCCAAACCAGAUGGAGGAGCUCUCAGAGUGGUCCCAGCUGCUGCCCAGGACCCCCCCGCCCCCCGCCAACACCCUCAGUGAUGCCUCCUCGCCCUGUCUGGUUGGCCUGAUGCGGUGCCCUCAUCUCCGGUGCUCAGGGGCUCCUCUGAGUGCCGCCUCCACGUCCAGGCCCCCAUGGCGGGCACGGCGGGCCGGGGGCGGUGAGCGUGCAGGAACACGUGGCUAUUGACGUGAGCCUGGGCCCCAUCCGGCCCAUCCACCUCAUUUCCGACUACUUCCCGCACUUCUACCCCUUCGCUGAGCCCACCCUGCACACCUGAGACCUACACCCUCCAGUGACCCCCACCAUCCACUCUGCAUCCCAGUCCCAGCCGGACCCAGAGCCAGAGGGAGACUCAGACAACAGCAUACGCAGGCCUCUCGCUGCUGUGGCCUCUCCCGUUGCGGAGCACAGGCUCCGGACGCGCAGGCUCAGCGGCCAUGGCUCACGGGCCCAGCCGCUCCGUGGCAUGUGGGAUCUUCCCGGACCGGGGCACAAACCCGUGUCCCCUGCAUCGGCAGGUGGACUCUCAACCACUGCGCCACCAGGGAAGCCCCACGCUUCUUUUUGACACAGACAGUAGCACACUGCACUGCACAGCUCACCGGGCCAAGGGCCUCAAGCCACCGGCCUCGGGCUCCGUGGACACCUAUGUCAAAGCCAACCUGCUGCCUGGGGCCAGCAAGCCCCCAGGCCAGCCAGCUGCGGACAUGCAUGUUUCGGAGCACAAGGGGGCCUGUCUGGGAGGAGGCACUCAUGGCUUCACCCUCCAGGACACCCGGUGCAACACCCUGUGGCUGUGCGUCUGGGAGGACCCACAGCUGCAGCAACGGCGGCGGGCGCCUCCCCUGCGGGAGCUGCGGGUGCCCCUGGGGAAGCUGGUGCCCAGCCAAGCCAGGAGCUUCGAUGUGUGUCUGGAGAGGUGGAGGCUGGUGGAGGCUGAGGUAGCUGGGGAGGAGCGUGGGCGCGUCCUGCUGUCACUGUGCUACAGCUCUCAGCGGGGCAGCCUGCUGGUAGGUGUGCUGCGCUGUGCCCACCUCGCCCCCAUGGAUGCCAACGGCUACUCGGACCCCUUCGUCCGCCUUUACCUGCAUCCGAAUGAAGGGAAGAAAUCGAAAUAUAAGACCAGUGUUCAGAAGAAGACCCUGAACCCUGAGUUCAACGAGGAAUUCUUCUGCACAGGCCCACGGGAGGAGCUGGCGCAGAAGACACUGCUGGUGUCUGUGUGGGAUUAUGACCUGGGCACAGCUGACGACUUCACUGCUGAGUAGCCAGGCCAGCGGGGAGCACCAGCAGCACUGGCGCGAAUGGCUGGGCCGCACUGACCACCAGCUGGAGCCGUGGCACCCACUGGACGGCGCGCGCCUCCAGCUCAGCGAGUAGCGGGGGCACCCGGCCUGGCCCUGCUCACCACCCGUCCCCGAGACUGACCCGCGGCCGCCUCCAUGGAGCUGCGAGGACCUAGGGCUGCCUCACCCACCAUGUCCACCCCUAGUCAAUUGCUUCCUUCCUUCCCCCCUUUCAAAUUCACCCCACUGCCAAAUCAUGAAGCAAGAAUAAACCUCUCCUCCAAA